AGAAAACUGUUUAAGUCGAACCAUGAAGUCGGUGCUAGUGUUCCUGUCAGUCGUCGCCACGGCUUUUGGUUACAACAUCCUGUGUAUUCAAUCGGUGCCUUCGAAAAGCCACUACCAUCUGAUGAAGGGCAUCGUGGAUCCGCUCUUGAAAGCUGGGCAUCAGAUAACAUUCAUAGCACACUUCCCUGAAUCAAAACCAGUGAAAAACUUGAAGUACAUUGAUGUUAGUCACAUAAAGAUACCAGCUGAAACUGAAGAUUGGUCAGAUAAAUCAAAGCAAAGCAUAGCGGUAAUCAAGAAGCUCGCGAGGAACUUAUUUAGGGAUUUAAUAGUAACUCCAGAAGUCAGGGAGGCGUUGCUCAAGGAAAAAUUUGAUGCGGUUGUGACGGAGUGGUUCUUCUCGGAUACUGAUACUGGAUAUGCAGCCGUUCAGCAAGUACCAUGGAUUCUCCUCAGCGGUUUAGCGAUGCACUCGCAUGUGGAAAGCUUGGUGGACACAGUUAGAUCCGUACCCACGAUACCAGCCUUUUUAAUUGACUCACCCAUACCCAUGAACUUUUGGAGCCGCCUCCAAAAUACUUUAUUGUAUUUGCUAAUGUCGACAGAAUCAUUAUUGGACUACUCAGUGUUAAAGUCCGACUAUGAAACCUACUUCUCCCCCUUCGCAAAAGCCCGAGGAGUAACUCUUCCUCCUUACAACGAAGCCAUCCACGACAUCUCCGUACUCUUCGUCAACUCGCAUCCCUCUUUCUCACCAGCUCAGAGUCUACCACCCAACGUAGUUGAAAUUGGAGGAUAUCACAUCCCUGAAGAAAUACCCCCACUACCAAAGGAUCUCCAAGAUAUUCUGGACUCCUCCCCACAGGGUGUGGUAUUAUUCAGCAUGGGAUCAAUCAUCAAGUCCAAAGCACUAGCUGAACAUACUAGACGAGACCUGAUCAAAGUCUUUGGUGAACUGCCCUAUACCGUGCUUUGGAAGUUCGACGAAAAUAUCGAAGGUCUGCCAAAGAACAUCCACAUUAGAUCCUGGAUGCCACAAACCAGUAUUCUUGCUCACAAAAAUGUGAAACUGUUCAUCACUCACGGUGGUCUCCUGAGUACUCAGGAGUCGCUCCGGUUCGGGAUCCCCAUCAUUGCCAUUCCCGUGUUCGGAGACCAGCCCUCCAACGCGCAGAAAUCUGUGCAAGGAGGACACGCAUUGAUGAUAGACUUCUCGCCAGAAAUGGCGGGACCGCUGAAAGACGCCUUGAAAGAAAUGCUGAGCAAUGACAGAUACUACAAACGAGCGAAGUACCUGUCUCAACUGUUCGUUGACCGCCCUGUGAACACCACUCACCUCAUACAGCACUACGUGAGACACGCCAUCGAGACCAACGGCGCUCACCAUCUCCGCUCCAAGGCGCUCCUCUACUCGUGGUACGAGCUGUGGAUGCUGGACCAGGUUGCUUUCCUUCUCGUCAUACUGUAUACAAUAUACAGAGUGUUUAAGAAGAUCGUCGGUUGUUUUAAGAGAGAUAAAAGUAUCAAAACCGGGAAAGAGAAACGACAUUAAGAAUAAUUUAUUUAAAUAAA